ACUUCCUUUUCGAAACCAAAAACCAAAAUGAGCAAGAAUACCGCGAAUGUGUGCUGAAUUUUCCUUAUCGUUUCUUGGCUAUUCUGGGCGGAGAAGUUGCCUUUUCGACAUAUUGCCAAAAAUUUGUAACCAAUCUUGAAUGGCAAAGAAGAGUAGCCGGCCACACAAAAAUCACUAAUCUUAAUAACCAAAUUGCCCGGAUUAACCAAAAAAUUAGCUAA